AUGCCUCGAGCACUGAAUAACGCAGGUGAUGAAGCCGCCCCCGUCUGCGGCCAAUGCAAGAAAUCGGGAAGAUACUGUGCGCGUCUUCGAAAAUCGUCCAGGUUUCUAGCCUAUUCUUAUCAACCAGGGACGGGAAAUCUUUCUAAAGAAGCCGCUGAAAAAAAGAAAUUCCCCCCUCCCGAAAAUCCGCGAGAUGCACUCCAGUCACCAGAUGUGGCCUGGUACUUCCUCAACUACAUCGCAGAGCCUGCAAAGUGGUAUGACCUCGGCGAUGCCUCACGUCUGUUUGCCACAAGGGUACCUGAGCUUGCUCUAGAUGAACCGCUCCUCUUCAGUGCCAUUAUUGCCUUGUCUGCAGAGCACGUGAGCCAAACAACGAAAUCUAAGCCUGCAAAGGCAGUAGCUGAGUUCUAUCAUGGGCAAUGCGUCCAUCGCCUGAUUCUAUUGGACGAAAAGAUUGAGUUGUUGAGAAACGGGGUUGCAUUAGCGGCCGUAUGUUUAUUACGAUCGUACGAGAUCCUCAAUGAGGAUAUCGAUCCCAACAGGCAUCUUCAAGGCGCAUACUCAUUGGCAUCAUGUGAAGACUCCAUUGCAGCGAGCCCCCCUGGAAGCCUCCUCGCUGCCGGGUUCUGGAACUAUCUCCGCGAGGAUAUUACUUUUAGCUUAUUUGAAAGCUGUCCACUAAAAAUGGACGUGACAAUGGCGUCCGCUCCCAGUCUGACGGGCAACCAAGACCAGCUCCACUCCAUUACACUCAUCCUUGGUCAAGUUAUCAACAAGGCCUUCAGCUAUCAAGUCUCGGAACCUGAUUGGGAGAGACUACUCUCCAUGGUUAAAACUUGGCUCAAAAACGUCCCAUCAAACAUCAAGCCAUUCUCAAGAAGCCAACGUGUGGCUGUAUCAGCAGUUGGCGAACUACCACACUUUUGGUUUCUACAAGAUUUUCACGCUUCUGCAAGGCAGUAUGCCCUCCUCGCACUCAAUAUACUUACCGCAUUUGCACCCCUGAAUCAGCUCCCAAUGCUGCCAGAGAUUUGCGAUGGCAGCGAUAAGAUCAUCGGCGAUGUGAAAAAGGAGGAUUUGUUGGAAGCUUUCGCUCUCGAGAUCUGCGGAAUUGCAUUCACAGCGAAUAUUCCGUCUGUCCUCGUGAACUCUUUCGGCCCUAUUGCAUAUUGCGGCAAGUUCAUACGGUCCGAGGCCACUAGACAAGAAGUCAUUCGUCGCCUAUCCGCGUGCAAACGGUCUGUGGGAUGGCCCGUUGAACGCUUAAUUUCCAGUCUAAAGGACUCCUGGGCCGCGGAAUUCGAAUCUCCGAGUUUUUCUGGGGAAGCGGACACUGGGUCUGGAUCUUAA